AUGCCGGGCUGGUUUAAAGGGAUGGAGAAUAUUAUCCGGGAGCGCAGUCUGUGGCCACAGCGGGGGCUCAACGCGCAGUGUGAGGGGUUCAAGUGUGAGCCUGGGAAGACGGACUGCUGCUGUCGACGGCUUCUAUUCACACAGCCCGAUUUCGUAAAUCAGAAGUCUCGCCUUGAAGAGUUAAUCACUUCCUGUGGUCACAUUUGUGACUUCUACCCAAAAUAUCACUGUGAACUCAAUUUCAUUGAGCAGUAUUGGGGGGCAGCAAAGCUUCGGUAUCAGAAUAGCCCCAAGACAACUGAUAUAAAGGAGAUGGAGAGGAAUGUACUUGCCUGCCUCGACAAUGUUCCUGAUGUUUCAAUCAAACAGUAUGCCAAUUGUGCUGCUCGAUUUAUCAAUGGGUACUUCCAGGGACUUACAGGCCCCGAGGCAGCAUGGGCAAACAGGAAAUAUCACGGCCAUCGCACACUUCCUGCGUCUGUUGUUGCUAAACUUAAGGAGGAGUUCUUAAAGAGGUUUGGGGGGUCCAAGUAA